CAGCUCGGGAGCGCGCUCUGCGCUCGCCUGGGCUGGGUGUGUGUUUCAAAAGAUUUAGCAACACAUGCGACCGAGAGGCGGAGGCGAGGCCGUGAAAUAGGAACUCAGACUCGCCCGGAGAGUUCAGAGUCACACACACAGACCGAGGACACGGCCGGCAGAGAACUCGGGGAAGCAGGGGAUGCUGUCCUGGCCGGAUCUGUACCCUCCUCCUCCUCCUCCCUUCUGAUUGGGCCGCGCUGUCCCAGUGCUGUUCUGUGAUUGGCCACUGCUGCUCCGCUGUUGGGCUCUGAUUGGUUGCUACUGUCUCCUUGCUGUGCCUCUGCCGUUGUUGGGCUGGUCUCUACUGGUCCUGCGUCACGCUGUAAUCGGCGCGAUUUCUCCCUCUGGCCAUCGCCGUGUUCCCCAACGGGCCCUGUUGUUCUGUUGCAGUCGUCUGCCGUCUGACUGAGACUCUUACUGAUCUGCUAUUGGCUCCCUCUUCUGCCUGGUUCCUCGUGAUUGGCUUUGUCCUUUCCCCCGCCCUGCUCUGUGAUUGGCUCUCCCCAGCUCUGUCUGCAAUCUGAUUGGCUCCGUUUGGCCCUUUGGGUUCUACAGUUGGCACAAGAGGCGGUCUGCGAUUGGCUCCCUCUGUCCCUGCCUGCUGUCUGAUUGGUUCAUUCCGGCCUUGCCUGCUGUCUGAUUGGUCCCCGGUGCGCUAGUGGGCGGACAUGGCGGUGGUGGAGCAGGUGUUUGCCUCGGGCAUGGCGGCGCGUCUGCGGAGCCAGUGGGACCGGGAAGGCGGUCUGGGUCAGCACCACCAGGCUGUCAAGUACCUGGGCCAGGACUACGAGACGCUCCGGGACCACUGCCUGCAGAACCGGACCCUGUUCAAAGAUGACGCGUUCCCCGCCGAGCCGUCCUCGCUGGGCUUCAAGGAGCUGGGGCCCCGGUCCGGCAAGACGCAGGGCGUCCGGUGGCUGAGGCCCGGGGAUAUCUGCUCGAACCCGCAGUUCAUUGUGGGCGGAGCCACGCGUACCGACAUCUGUCAGGGAGCUCUGGGCGACUGCUGGCUGCUGGCGGCGAUCGCUUCUCUGACUCUGAACGAUACGGUGCUCCAUCGGGUGGUGCCCCACGGGCAGAGCUUCCAAAGCCAGUAUGCUGGCAUCUUCCACUUCCAGUUCUGGCAGUUCGGCGAGUGGGUGGACGUGGUGAUCGAUGACCGGCUGCCGGCGCGAGACGGGAAGCUGCUGUUCGUGCACUCGGCCGAGGGGAACGAGUUCUGGAGCGCCCUGCUGGAGAAGGCCUACGCCAAGGUGAACGGCUGCUACGAGGCUCUGUCCGGGGGCAGCACCUCGGAGGGGUUCGAGGACUUCACGGGCGGCGUGACGGAGAUGUACGAGCUGAGGAAGCCGCCCUCCGACCUCUUCACCAUCGUCUCCAAGGCCGUGGAGCGGGGCUCCCUGCUGGGCUGCUCCAUCGACAUCACCAGCAACCUGGACAUGGAGGCCGUGACCUUUAAGAAGCUGGUGAAGGGCCACGCCUACUCCGUGACGGGCGUGGAGGAGGUGGUGUGCAGGGGCCUGCCCACCAAGCUGGUCCGGAUCCGGAACCCCUGGGGAGAGGUGGAGUGGACCGGAGCCUGGAGUGACAAGUGAGG